GUAUACAGAGAGGUAGGCUAGUAGAGGGAGGUGCUAUGGCGGCAGCAACGUUCAGAUACUUAGUGCAACUACACAAGGACGUUCCAAAAGCAGCGAGAUUCUACUCGGAGGGCCUGGGCUUCACCGUUGAUGUCUGCUCCCUGCGCUGGGCCGAGCUCCACUCUGGUCCGCUGAAGCUCGCUCUCUUGCAUUCUCCCAGUGACCAUGUUGAGCAAAAGGGUUAUUCAUCACUACUAUCAUUUACGGUAACAGAUAUCAGUGGCACUGUGACAAAACUAAUGGCAUUAGGUGCAGAACUGGAUGGUCCUAUUAAACAUGAAAUCCAUGGAAAGGUGGCAGCGAUGAGGUGUGCUGAUGGUCAUGUCUUAGGUCUUUAUGAGCCUGCUUAAAAGUUCCCCAAGACGAGUACUUAAAGGUGCUAGUAAUUGAG